UAGAUGGCUGUGGGAAAGGGGCGGAGCUAGACGCCGGUACAUGGUGUCGAAUGAAAAAAAAAAACGGUGAGCCGGUUGAAAGAGAGCGAACGACUCGGGAGAAGGGAGAAGUUUCCUCGGUUUCUCCGAACUCACCCGAAAUCCGAGUCAAGGGUCUCAGGCUUCUUUACCAUCAGGAUCCCCGUACCCCCAGUGCCGUGUUGUGUCUCGUGUGUGUAUGAGUGCCUGAGUGUGUGUGUGUGUGUGUGCGGGAGGAGAAAACCAGUUCAGCUCGCUUUGUGCGCUUGACCAUGGGUGACAUCAGUGAUCUGGACCGACAGAUCGACCAGCUGAGGAGAUGUGAGCUCAUCAAAGAGAACGAAGUCAAGGCCCUGUGUGCCAAAGCCAGAGAGAUUCUCGUAGAAGAGAGUAAUGUACAGAGGGUGGAUUCUCCCGUCACAGUGUGUGGUGACAUCCACGGACAGUUUUAUGACCUGAAGGAGUUGUUCCGAGUGGGAGGAGAUGUUCCAGAGACAAAUUACCUUUUCAUGGGAGAUUUUGUGGACAGAGGCUUUUACAGUGUUGAGACUUUCCUGUUGCUCCUAGCUCUUAAGGUGCGCUACCCAGACAGAAUCACGCUGAUCCGAGGCAACCACGAGUCCAGACAGAUCACGCAGGUGUACGGCUUCUACGACGAGUGCCUAAGGAAGUACGGCUCCGUCACAGUGUGGAGGUACUGCACAGAGAUCUUCGACUACCUCUCCCUGUCGGCCAUCAUCGACGGCAAGAUUUUCUGUGUGCACGGCGGCCUCUCGCCCUCCAUCCAGACUUUGGACCAGAUCCGAACCAUCGAUAGGAAACAGGAAGUGCCGCACGACGGGCCGAUGUGCGACCUGCUGUGGUCAGACCCUGAAGAUACCACAGGCUGGGGAGUGAGCCCAAGAGGAGCAGGAUACCUGUUCGGCAGUGACGUCGUGGCCCAGUUCAAUGCCGCUAAUGAUAUAGACAUGAUCUGUCGAGCCCACCAGCUCGUUAUGGAGGGCUACAAGUGGCACUUCAACGAGACUGUGCUCACUGUGUGGUCUGCACCCAACUACUGCUAUAGGUGUGGGAACGUAGCAGCCAUCCUGGAGCUUGACGAGCAUCUGCAGAAAGAGUUUAUUAUAUUUGAAGCUGCCCCACAAGAAACCAGAGGCAUUCCCUCCAAAAAGCCAGUGGCCGACUACUUCCUGUGAGCCUGCCCCAAACGUAGGAAAGGAAACGCAGGAAGUGUCAUCUCAUAGAUUUACCUGUAUUUCUCUCUGUCCCACCCUUCCCUGCCCCACCUGUCUUAACUGUGCUUUUUUUUUUAAAAAAAAAUACUUUUUCUACUUUUUUUUUUUUUUCUGUCUCUACCCUUCUUUUUGUCCUUCUGCUUAUUUUCUUCCUUAGCUACACACUGUCACCUGAACACACACACAUGCAGAGACUGGCUUUGUAGUUCCUCAUACUGCUGUAAAGUCACUUGCUCUCAUAAAUACACUGUAGCUGUAUGCAAUUCAAACCAAUGUGAAUAGCACUCUGGUCAGUUGAAAGCAGCAGGGAAAAGGAGGUAAAGACGGACAUUGGUGUUUCAAAGAGCCCUCAUUUAUGUUUAAGGAAAGCUAUCGGAUAUCUGCAUUAUUUUUUUUUUUUAUUUUAAACUGCUUCUUUUUCUCAUCCCUUCAUUUUAAAUGCGUGGGCAAACAAAAGUGACACUACUGCCCGUUGUUAUAGAUUAUGCAUCUUUUUUCUUCCCCUCUCAAGCCCUUGUCUUACUUUUGACCUUUGUGAAGGAAUGCCUACGUUCCCUGCAGUGAUCAACUGCCACACUGGAAAGUAUUGGAACAAAACCAAACUGUUUUAGGCAACAUGCUUUCUUUUUUUUUCUUCUUUUUUUUCUUUUUUUUUUUCCUCCCAUCUGACUUCUCUCAAUAGAGGAAAUGUUGAUUUUUAUUAUUAUUUGUGACAAUAAACUGUACUUUUGU